AUGAACGCAUUUGUCUUACUGACAGCCAUCAGCUUAGCUCUUGCUAGCACAAGCGUCUCUUCUUCACCAAGCGAAGGCGAGGAAGGAGCUCCUAGAGACGGGUUAAAAUAUAGCGAAGAGGGAGUUUCUUCAGAGAGGUAAGUUAUCUGAAGGCUGCGGUGCUUUCGCUGUCAGUUUUAGUACUGUUUGCCUUGAAAAAAUGACUAAACGUUUUUGGCCUGCGAGAGUGUGGUAUCAAUUGUUCGCCCUUAAUUUUCGUCCAUAGACGUCAGUCCGGUAUUUGAUUAAUUAAAUUUUCCAUUCUUUCGGCUUUCUUUAUUGCUGCUUAUCUUCUUCUAAUUAUAAUGCCGAAUUCAGUGUCAUCUCACCCAUCAAAUAUGACCUAGCCUUCUAGCAGGAGCUGAUUAACCGGUUAACUUUUUGUUCCCCUCGUCUGAAAAAUUAGACAUCUGAAACAUUCAGUUUUUAAACAGUUGAAAAAUGAAUUAAAAAAAGAAAACGAUUUUAAGGUGUAAGGACAGUUAAGGACCAUGUCGGAAUAACACACCCGGCACAAAAAGUUGCAUUUAUCAACCACAAGACAAGGCAACUAGUUCUUAAUAAGCAAGUAAGGGGGUCCUCAGUGAAGAUUAUAGAUUUUUCAAAAAUUCUAUAAUCCCUACCAUCAACCUAUGUAUUCUUUCAAGAUUACAAAUUGUUCAGACAAAUUUUAAGUUUGAACAUGCAGUUAAACUGUGUUUAUUGCUAUUUGCGAUAUGUAAAUACGUUUUGACGGUUAGUGUCCUACUAAGGGUCAAAAUAUCUUCGCCUUCGACGCAUGGUGGUUAGUUGCAAUCACAGGGCAGCUGUGUUUCUUAUUGCUAGAAUAACGGAAUGACUUGGGGAUUAAGAAAAAAUUAGUCACAACAACAGACUGGUCUUAGGGCGAAGCCGGAUCCACUGUAGAUAUCACUAGUUAACAAAUAACAACCGAGGAAAAUGCCAACACUUUUACUGUCUACUGCAUGGCCUGCGUGCAGACGUUCACGUCUCCGUUUUUUUGAUGCACACUGAAAAGAUAAGUUGAAGGAUUAGCGACGCGGUAGGCAGACGUCCCUCUGCCGCGUGCAACAAACGAAAUAGGAGACGUCUGCACGCAGGCUACAGAGUGCGUAAGAACUCUAUCGAAUUGCCGUUAUUGCAACAGAAUGACCGUGUCUUCGUUUACAGGGAAUCCGCAGACGUGGAAACUCUUGAGGAUCCUGAAGAUUAUAUAGAAAGCGAAGAAGAUGACGAAGAGAACGAAGACGACGAAGAGGACGAAGAUGUGAGCGAAGACGCCGAAAACGAUGAAUCUACGCUUGAAACUCUUAAUCGUAAGUCAGAUCCCUUGCCAUUGCGUUUUAAGCCUGGUACGCCUAGAAGAGUGAUCCGUCAGGUCAUUCGACGCCUUCCUCCCGGGAGAACAGGGGGAAUGGUUAGC